AGAAAGACUGAUCUUCAAGAGUUUAUUCUAUUCCAUACAUAAAUAUCAUCACUUUGGUUUGUUUAGCUUGAAGCGUACCGCCAAAUUGCCGUUGUCACCCGAGAAUGGUUCUCCCUGAGCAUCGAUCUCUCCUCUUGGGCUGGUGCUAGCUCCUUCUACAUCAGACUUAUUGCUGGGCCAUUUUUCAGGCUCCCUGCUCCCUUAGAGGAUUCUGAUUAUGCAAAUUCAAUGUGGAGUUUACAUUGCAUCUGGCACCGACAUUAUUCAAGGUUUCUACCUACUACAUUGAAUGCGAGUCCAAAACUCCACCCUACUUUUGUGAACUCUACGGUCCCAAACAACAGGAAUACUUGGCAGUGGAGCACUGCCCGUUUCAAUCGAAGCAACCAGCAAGAUUACGAAUUUCUUUCAGUACAAAUAUAUUGGUCAUAGGAUUCCGACGUUGGUUCCGACAUUAUUCACGGCCUCUUAUCCUGCGGGAGAGAAAAGGUUGAAAGAGAUUCUAUCUUCUCGCCGACCCCAGUGACCCACAGUGGACAAAUUUGGGGUUUGUCACUUUGUGAUGUGUUGAGUUCUUCACCUUCUUCUCACUUUCCUCUGUGUACAACAUGUAUAUUUAUAAGUCUCUGUUGAAACUCUUCUUCCCAUUGUGGCUCUGAGUUGAGUUCAUAUUUUAUGCGUUAAGAAGAGGGCACUGGGAUGCUUGGUUUUCUCUAUGGUGGCCUUACGCAUUGGCCAUCUGCAACAAUCUCGUUCCUGAUUUUCUUAUCAUUCUUACAAUAUGAUAUUGGAGUGGCUUUAUCAGCUUCCAAUUACUUGAUCGGUCUUGGAAGCUAUGACAUAACAGGGCCUGCUGCAGAUGUUAAUAUGAUGGGUUAUGCAGAUUUGGAUCAAAUUGCAUCUGGACUUCACUUCCGGUUGCGAGCUCGAACUUUUAUUGUGGUAGAUCCUAAGGGGAACCGUUUAGCAUUUGUAAAUCUUGAUGCUUGCAUGGCCUCACAAAUUGUUACAAUUAAAGUGCUCGAGAGACUUAAAGUAAGGUAUGGGGACCUUUAUACAGAGCAGAAUGUUGCCAUCAGUGGUAUCCACACUCAUGCUGGUCCUGGAGGCUAUCUUCAAUAUGUUGUAUAUAUUGUAACAUCUCUUGGAUUUGUACGCCAGUCAUUUGAUGUGAUUGUUGACGGCAUCGAGAAAAGCAUUGUACAAGCUCAUGAAAGGCUUCAACCAGGGUCAAUUUUUGUAAAUAAAGGAGAGCUUUUAGAUGCAGGGGUGAAUCGUAGUCCUAGUGCUUAUCUCAAUAAUCCUGCGGCAGAGCGGGCCCAAUAUAAGUAUGAUGUUGACAAAGAAAUGACCCUCUUAAAGUUUGUAAAUGAUAAAUGGGGACCAGUAGGUAGCUUCAACUGGUUUGCUACUCAUGGAACUUCAAUGAGCCGCACAAACUCAUUAAUAAGUGGUGACAACAAAGGAGCUGCAGCACGGUUUAUGGAAGACUGGUUUGAACAGAAGAGUUCUCAGGAAGAUUUUGAUGCUCUCUACUUCAAGAAGUUUAGAACUGAAAAGAUCCCUCGUAGAGUCUCAACCAUAGUUCCUAACCACAACAAAAACCGAAAUGAGUUGAUGAGUCUUGCCACCUACUUUCCGUUUUCUCAAGGACGGCCGGCAACAAGGUUUCUGAGUCUUGCAAGUCGGGUUAGGAAUGCUUUCAUGCAAACUGACCGGCCUCAAUUCGUAUCUGCAUUCUGUCAAUCAAAUUGUGGUGAUGUAAGCCCAAAUGUUCUUGGUGCAUACUGCAUAGACACCGGGUUGAGUUGUGAUUUUGAUCACAGUACCUGUAAUGGUAAAAAUGAAUUAUGCUAUGGUCGGGGACCGGGUUACCCUGAUGAGUUUGAGAGUACUCGUAUAAUUGGAGAAAGGCAAUUCAAAAAAGCUAUUGGAUUGUUUGAUAAAGCAACUGAGCCGCUGACAGGGAAAGUUGACUACAGGCAUGCAUUUCUCAAUUUCUCCAAUCUUGAAGUCUCACUUCCUAAAGUUGGUGGGGGUCAUGAGGUGUCGAAAACAUGCCCAGCUGCCUUGGGCUUUUCUUUUGCUGCAGGGACCACUGAUGGUCCUGGAGCAUUUGAUUUCAAGCAGGGAGAUGAGAAGGGGAAUGCCUUCUGGAGGUUGGUGAGGGACUUGAUAAAAACACCGAGUCAGGAACAGAUCAAAUGUCAGUAUCCGAAGCCUAUUCUACUUGAUACUGGGGAAAUGAAGGAACCCUAUGACUGGGCACCCUCAAUACUUCCAAUUCAAAUUUUGCGGAUAGGGCAACUAGUGAUUCUUAGUGUUCCUGGAGAAUUUACAACCAUGGCCGGCAGACGCCUUCGUGAUGCUGUCAAGAAAGUGCUUACUUCUGGAGGUAAUGGAGAAUUUAACAGCAAUGUCCAUAUAGUCAUUGCAGGGCUGACCAAUACAUAUUCACAGUACGUGACAACCUUUGAGGAGUACAAGGUGCAAAGAUAUGAGGGAGCCUCCACACUGUAUGGUCCACACACACUUGAUGCUUACAUCCAAGAGUUCAAAAAAUUAGCGGCUGCUCUCAUCAGUGGCCGAACUGUUGAACCCGGCCCGCAGCCCCCAGAUCUCCUUGACAAGCAAAUUAGCUUACUUCCACCAGUUGUAAUAGACUCUACUCCUCCCGGCAUAAACUUUGGAGAUGUCGAAACUGAUGUUCCUCCAAAUUCCACCUUCAGAAGGGGUGAAAUGGUUACAGUCACCUUCUGGUCCGCUUGCCCAAGAAAUGACCUUAUGACUGAGGGCACAUUUGCAUUGGUUGAGAUCCUUCAGAACCGAAAGACAUGGACCCCAGCUUAUGAUGAUGAUGAUUUCUGUCUGCGUUUUAAGUGGUCAAGGCCUGCAAAACUUAGUCCUCAGAGCCAUGCAACCAUAGAAUGGAGAAUUCCUUCAUCUGCGGCUUCAGGUGUAUAUCGGAUAAGCCAUUUUGGUGCUUCAAAAUCACUUUUUUGGUCAAUCCGCCAUUUCACAGGUUCAUCUAGCGCCUUUGUAGUGGUAUAGAGAUAUGGCUAUAAUAUGCAUUGAAGUCAUUUUUAGAAUUUUCCACAUCCCACAAUGAGAAGUAUAUAAUCAUCUACGCUGCUUGUUCUCAGCGAGAGAGCUCCUGGAAGUACAGCAAUUUAAUUCUCAAGGAUAACUAACACUAUAAAUAAGCAAGUUAUGAGCCAUAUGCUGAUAAGGCUGACAAGUGCAUGGAAAAUUAUGUUGUGGAAAUUGAUAUAUUGAUAAGGGGUUUUUUUGGCC